CUUUAUACUGCAUUCAAGAAAAACCUGGACUUGAAGAAAUAAACGACGCAACUCGACGAAGUAAGAAGUAGAAUACAUAAUGUAAUCCGCUUGAAAAAAAAAAUGCCUAUAUUAAUACGUAAUUCAUACCUGGAACUUCCCAAGUGUUCGAUACACGUUUUUGUGAAUACUUUUUAAUAUGUGCAUCUGAUCUGUUUACGAAGGUAUUUUGUAACUUGAAGCUCGUCAGUGACGUGUAACUACUCGAAGGAUAAGUGUGCUUUUCGUAAUAUUUUGUCUUUUAUUAAUCUUAAAAUUAAAAUGUUCAAAUCAUUAACAAAUGAAAAAAAAAUUAUAACAGUAAAUUUAUUUCAACGUUACUUAAAUUUUGUUCGAGAGGAAAGUAGUUACAAGAAAGACCAAAAUCAUUUGUGGUGUUUUGAAGAUAUUCCAGGCCCUAAAAGCUACCCUGUUAUUGGCACAUUAUACAAGUAUUUGCCUUACUUAGGCGACUACGAUGCGGAGGCAUUAGACAAUGUUGCAUUGCUCAAUUGGCGUAGAUACGGAGGCUUGGUCAAGGAAGUUCCUGGUGUGAGAUUGCUACAUGUUUACGAACCUGAACUAAUAGAAGCGGUAUUUCGCCAAAAGGAACGAUAUCCAGCCCGCAGGAGUCAUGUUGCUAUGCUACAUUAUCGGCUCAGCAAACCAGAAAUAUACAAUACGGGCGGGCUUCUUUCCACAAAUGGUUCAGAAUGGGGUCGAAUCCGAAGUUCAUUUCAAAAGAAUUUUUCUAGUCCUCAAAACGCUAAACAGUAUGUUUAUGAUGUUGAUAAUAUUGCGAGGAAAUUCGUGAAGUGGGUUAAGGAAUGUAGAACUUCUUGUAACGAAGAUUUUUUGCCGUAUUUAAAUCGCCUUAACUUGGAAGUGAUUGGUGUUAUUGCCUUUAAUGAACGUUUUGACAGUUUCUCCCCCAAUGAACAAGAUCAAGAGUCUCGAAGCAGUAAAAUUAUUAAAUCAGCCUUUGGUUCUAACAGCGGUAUCAUGAAACUCGAUAAGGGAUUAUUGUGGAGAUAUUUUAAAACCCCAUUGUAUAGAAAACUCGCCGAGUCUCAAGAGUACUUAGAAAAAAUAUCUAUGGAUAUAUUGUUAAAAAGAAUACAUUUUUACGAUAAAGAAAAGGAUGACGAUGACAAAUCGCUGUUGGCUUCUUUUCUUCAACUACCUAACGUUGAUUUUAAGGAUAUUAUAGGAGUUAUGGUGGAUAUUUUAAUGGCAGCCAUAGAUACGACUUCGUAUACAACUAGUUUUGCUUUGUAUCAUUUAGCACGAAAUCCAGACAAUCAGAAUAAAUUAUUCGAGGAAUUGUUCUCUCUAAUGCCUGAAAAGGAUGCAGAAGUUACAUCUGAUAUACUAUCGAAAGCUGUGUAUCUUAGGAGUUGUGUCAAAGAAAGUCUACGUUUGAACCCCGUUGCAAUUGGAGUAGGUCGAGUGCUACAAGAUAAUGUUAUUUUAAAAGGAUAUUUAAUCCCUAAGGAUACGGUAGUUGUGAUGCAGAACAUGGUGGCAUCCCGUCUACCUCAAUACGUUCGUGAUCCCUUGCGUUUCAAUCCGGAGCGCUGGAUUAGAAACUCUGACAAUUUUGAAAAUAUCCACCCAUUCCUUAGCCUCCCUUUUGGGUUUGGACCGCGGUCGUGCAUAGCACGGAGACUUGCGGAACAAAAUGUCAGCAUUAGUUUGAUACGGUUGAUCCGGGAAUUUAAAAUAGAGUGGAUGGGAGGUGACCUCGGUGUCCAGACUCUAUUGAUUAACAAGCCUGAUAAACCGAUAUCGUUAUCAUUUACUUCUAGAAAUAUGUAAUAAUAUAUCUGAAGAUAACAUAACAAAAUAUUGUAUUCAAAAAUAUAAAUAGCGUUCAAACA